CCUCGUUCACACGUCAUCUCGAUUUCUUCAAUGUCAUUAUGAACAGGGAAGAGAACGUUCUUGCUUCACAGGACGAGUCGCAAGACCGACAGACUUAUCCGGAUGCUCACCACCAUCAUCAUCCACAAGCUGUAGUGCUGAGACGUCUAGAACAUAGACAAAGAAGGACAGAGCCUGCAGCUGCUGUCGUAUCAGCCGAGUCUGUGUUUACAGUUGGUGAUGACGAGGAGUUUCAACUGAACACUCAAGAUGAAGCGUUUAUUGUUCCAGCCUAUCCUGAACAUCGCAGUAAUACAAGUGGAGUCUUGCCUCAACUUAGUGCACCUGAACAAGCAGCUGCUGCUCAAGAGUCAAACGUCACAGAGGAGGAUCGCGAGAGGAGAGGCGAGGGUGAUACAGGAGAGUCUGAUGCAGGCACCGACAAAGACAGAGAUGAGGCUCAAACGAGGGACAUCAAAACAACAGCAGGUGAUGUCAUUUUUUCAUCGCCCGAGAGUAGUGCUGCAUCGACUGUCAUUGUUGGUCAAGAGUCACGCGUUCGCAUUUCUCCUGGUGCUGCACGUGCCACCCACGCUGCCAGAAAUGUCCGUGGAGGCAUUUAUGAUCAACAUGACAGUGAUACAAGCCUCAGCAGUGGAGGUAUAACACCUUAUCCACAAAGCACGACAUCGUCUGCCCCGAGUUUAGCCAGCAUGUUGCAGAUGUCAGGCAGCUGCAGCAGUAGUAGCACCAGCAAAAGCUCAGGCAGUAAAUCGUCGUUGGAGAAGACAGCUGAGAGGAUGCAAGCUCAAUCAGCAGGUACAACAAGAGGGUCAAUGUCAUCAAAGUUCUUUCAGACAGCGACUGAACGAACGGAUAUUUAUGAUUUACAGUCAUCCGGCAAAUCGUCGUGCAAAGUGUUUCAGAGCUUGCAGCCAUCCCAAGAAUUUGAGCAGCAGAAGAUAGAUCUUUCUGUUGUUGAUGUCAUCCCUGCAACACCCGUACGUGUUUCUCAAUCUCUCCCUGCACCAAUUCCCAGCUCUCCAACAGACAUAUCUGUACCUGUUAGAUCUCAAGUGAGUAGUGGAUCUCAUCAGACGGUUGUAGAAGAGAGUGACGUAGAAGCUUCACAAGAUGUUGAGAUGCAUGAUUUUCAACGUCAGAUGAUGAGGGAAGCUCUUGCUGCUCAAGAACAGGUGGAACCUAGAGAUGAUUCUGAGUCGAUGAGAGAGUUUGCUAGCUCUCAAGAGUUGUUUGAGACGCCUUCUGCUGCUCAACAGACAGAUGAAGAAUCAGAACCACCAGCUAAACAACAAAAACUUUCCACUAGCUCACCUGCUAAACACUCUUCAGGGUCGGACUCGGGUUUAUUGAGUCUGAUGUCUCCACAGCAUAGCACACCGCUGUCGUUAGACUGGCCAUCUUCGGUCAAGAGAGCACAAUCACAACAGCAGGAAACAGAGCAAACAAAGAGAAAGAAGUCUCAACAUCGUGAACCUUUCUUUGUAAAACCUGGUGCGUUCUGGGAAGUUCUCAGUGUGAAACGUUUAACUGAGGUUUACGGCAUGGAGCCUCGGCGAGCAGCACAAACAGAUGACACUGAACAUGUGAGUGGAGAGCAAGGGGAUGAAGCGGGAGACGGUGGUGGGAGCGAUGUGGUUGCCGUUGGUGAAAUGGCGAUUGAAGAGAGUGGUGUCGUCGAGGGCAAGGGAGAGAAGGCAUCGCAUAUGGAAUCGUCGUUUGUAUUGCAGUUGGCUUUGUCUCAAGGAGACGUAUCACAGAGCGAGAUACAACAACAACAGACAAACUCAUCUAAGUUUGCUGGAGAUACAGAAACAGAUGACGAAGAUAUAGAUGAUCAAACAACUAGACAGACAUCAACAGAGUCCAGCAAGCAACCACAACAAGAACAAGAUGAAAAGCCAUCUGAGCAAUCCGAGGGAGGACUGGGGGUGUCAGGACAGGGAGGAUCAACAGAAGGUACAUUUCAACUGUCUCUUCCUGGUGAUGGAGACCAUCUUCAUUCAACACCUGUUUCUACAACUUCUCUCUUUACUGCCCACAUUCAGCCAACUGCAACUGCAUCUGUUGUGUCGUCUUGCUCAAUGACUAUGGCAACUACUUUAUGUGCAGCAACGUCUGUCCAUAGUCCACAGUUGUCGCCUUCUCUGAUAGUUCAAACGUCAAUUAUGUCACCAACAGCUGAGUCUCCUACACACAGCACUGUCAGUAAAACCAAACGCUCACUGUCUACAAGAAUCACAGCUGCAACAUCACCAGAGUACGGCAUCAUGGGUGGUGUUGAAGAACAAGGUGGUGCAAGGCAGCAAUCAGUGGCAGAUGUGUUUGGUUUACCCACUGCUAGUAGCAUAGACACAGAAACGACAGAACCUGCAGCUCCAAAGGCUGUCAAAAAGGUUCGUAUCACUAGGCGAGUAAUUACAGAGCACAUAGAAGAUCGCUUCAUAGCAGAAGAUGGAUCAGUAGUGUUUGUCGAACACAGCGAGCUAAGACACGAGCCUACGUAUUUGCAGCAAGAGGAGCAGCUUAGAGAACAAAUGGAAGUGCCAACAGAGCAGCAGGGCAAAGAAGGUGCUCAACGAACAAGGGCUAGGAAGAGAUUACGGUCAAUGGCAAGAGUGGGCCUUGCAGCAUCGAAGUCUUCUAGUUCUACUUCUGGCGAGAAAGACACCAUAAGAAGAAAGCCACCUCGACGCCAAAAACUCCUAGACUCUCCUGUUGCCACUUCUAAGCCUUUACCAAAGAAGAGAUUGGUUGAAGUUGCUACAAGACGUUCACCCAGGAGAGCAAGAGCGAACUUACAGACUGGAACAAGAGUAUUUGCCAAGUGGUUGGAUCAUUCUUACUAUUCUGGGCAAAUACAAGAAUUACUUCCACGAGGAAGGUUUAAUGUUCAGUUUGACGAUGGUGAUUGUCGUGAAAUUAGUGCUAGUGAUAUCAUCAGUCUGGAUUCAUUGCCUAUUGGCUCAUCAGUUCUUGUUUUGUACAAACCUCUACAAUAUGAGAAUGCUGUUGUGGAAGGCUAUUGUACAGUGAAGGGAGAGCCAGGCUACGUAGUGAGACGGAGUGGCAGAAUGGAAAAAUACCCUCGAAGUCAAGUGAUUUUGUCAUCAGAUCAGGCGUCUGUGUUGUACAGCAGCUCAAGCUCUAGUCCACCAAGAGGGCCUCGAGACACAGACAGCAGUGACACAUCUCCAAAGUUUCGAAGGGUUGCCACCAGCACUGCUAGACAGACCUCCAUGUCAUCUGCUACAUCAAGCAGGAAAGACAACAAACAAGACAGCAAGCAUGCAUCCGAAAGUCCCCGUAACGCCACAUCCUCAGGCAAACAAAAAUCUACUGGAAAAUCAGUGACGUUUGUCAAUGAGAAGGCAACAAGAGGAGCUUCUGUUCGAGGCGUAUCAUCGACUGCCGCGAUUUUUCGAGAUUGGCUGUUUGUUGUUACUCGUGGAGACCAGCAGAAAGGUACGGGAUGCACUUCAGACAUAGCGUUUGAUAAAGAGCAGUUGACAGAGCAGAUUACUGAAUUCGGUGGUCAAAUUAUUGAUGAUCUCAGUGAAAUCAAGGACUUUUCUCAAUGUUUUGUGAUUGCCAGUGGCCCGUGUCGAACCAUAAAGUAUCUCCAGGCAUUGGCUUGCGGAGUCCCUUGCGUAUCACACACAUUCAUUCACGAUUCUAUUGAACAGGGUCGGCUUCUCAACCACAAACGGUAUCUACUUCCUGCAGGAUUUUCCUAUGAACUAAACAGGAAUGUUAACUGUGUUGAACGAAUGAAGCGGGCGACAUCGGACAUUCUUGAAAACGAGAGAAUCAUUGUUGACGGCGACCCUGAGUUUAGAACCGACUGGAGCAAGAUACUGACAAUGUGCGGAGCCAGAGUCAGACAGAAACUGCCAAGGAAAUCAGUUUUAUUGAACGAAAAUGAUCAAGAUCGGGAAUCAAAUUGGUGCGAUUGUGUCGUCUCCAGUGGUCGGCCGUCGGCGAGUUUGCAACGACGGGCAGGUUUUUUUGGCAUUCCGAUUGUGUCUGUAAACUGGGCAACUCAAUGUGUUAUCAAUGGCCAAAAGAUGGAUUUUAAUGGCGACGAGCGGUAUCAUUACGAGUACAAAGAGACAUGAUAAAUUGUGAGUUAAGAUGCGUUUUAUGUGAAAGAGUUUGUACAUGCUGAUUAGCUUUACAUCUGGGUAUUUAUAGAAAUUUUAUUGUUAAAGUAUUGUAACGUGCGAUAAAUUGAGUAUUUUUACACAAGUAGAGGUGACGUGAUGUAGCGAGUAGUACUAUACAGCAAUAUAUUUACUUGACAUAUACUAAACAGUAU